AUGUCCGAGGUGCGAAAAUUCACCAAGAGGUUGAGCAAGCCCGGGACGGCGGCGGAAGUCCGGCAGAGCGUCUCGGAGGCGGUGAGGACCUCGGCGGUGGUGGAGCAGCCGAAGAUCAUUGAGCCAUUGGAUUACGAAGCCGUGGUGUUCCAGAGAAAGGCCCAGAUCCACAGUGACCCCCACAGAGACCUGCUGCUCUGCCCCACCGACGAUGUCUCGGAGUCCCAGAUUUCCCGACACAGGAGGACCGUGGUCCCAUCAGUCCCCCAGAAUGCCGAGCGGGAAGCCAGGAGUUUGUUCGCCAAAGAGUGCAUCAAGAUGUACAACACGGACUGGCAUGUCAUCAACUAUAAAUAUGAGGCUUACUCCGGCGAUUUCCGCAUGCUGCCAAGCAAGGGCCUGAAGACAGACAAGCUACCGGUUCACGUGUUUGAAGUCGAUGAAGACGCCAAAGACGAGGUGAAGGACGACUCCACGUCGCUGUGCUCGCAGAGGGGAGGCAUCAUGAAGCAGGGUUGGCUGCAGAAGGCCAACAUCAACAGCAGCCUGUCUGUCUCCAUGAGGGUGUUCAAAAGGAGGUACUUCUACCUGUCCCAGCUCCCUGACGGCUCCUACAUCCUAAACUCCUACAAGGAUGAGAAGAACUGUAAGGAGACCAAAGGCUCCAUCUACCUGGACUCCUGCAUCGACGUCAUUCAGUGUCCUAAGAUGCGGCGCAACGCGUUCGAGCUGAAGAUGCAGGAGCGCUACAGCCACUUCCUGGCUGCGGAUAGUGAGGCGGAGAUGGAGGAAUGGGUGGCCACCUUGAAACAGGCCCUGCAGAGCAGCUCCGAGCCCAGCCAUGACAGGAGGAACGGCGGGGACCCGCUGGACUGUGCCCUGGAUGAGGACACCACCAGCCAGGGAAAAGGGGAGAGUCUGCUGGAGAGCUUGGGGAGAGGUCUGCAGCCCGAGCUCAUGAAGUAUGCUCGAGAGACAGACCAGCUGAAUAAAAUCAACAGGAACGAAGGCAGACAGAAGCUGUUCUCUCUGGACCCGGAGACACAGAGGCUGGACUUCUCAGGCAUCGAGCCCGACGUGAAGCCGUUCGAGGAGCGCUUCGGCCGCCGCAUCAUGGUCAGCUGCCACGAUCUGACCUUCAGUCUGCAGGGCUGCGUGAGCGAGAAGGGAGACAGCGUCCUCACCAACGUGGAGCCGUUCUUCAUCAGUCUGGCCCUCUUCGACGUCUCCAAGAGCUGCAAGAUCUCGGCCGACUUCCACGUGGACCUCAACCCGCCCUGCGUGAGGGAGAUGCUGACGGACGCCUCCGGCCAGCUCUCCCCUUCGUCGGACUCCGAGGGUGGAGGAACACUGGUUAACGGAGACGGGGGGAAGGGGAACAGCCUGCCGGUCCUCCAGAGGGUGUCGGAGGCUCUGCUGCGCUUCCCAACACAGGGUAUCUUUUCAGUAACCAACCCCCACGCUGAUAUCUUCCUGGUGGCCCGCGUGGAGAAGGUUCUACAGAACGGCAUCACCCACUGCGCGAGCCCUACGUCAAGACCUCUGACAUCAACAAGACCGCUCAGAAGGUGCUAAAAAGCUGCCAAGCAGACAUGCCAACGCCUCGGCCAAUACAGGAUGCCCUUUGCCUGGGCUGCCAAGCAGGUAUUCAAAGAUGCCCCAGGGAAGCCCUGGACAUGGACGGAAAGUUCUCCCCGCUGUAACCGCCAGGACAGCAGCAAAAUCUCCACCGACGACAUCAUCAAGCUGCUGGCUGACAUUAGGAAGCCGAGGAAGCUCAAGCUUCAGAUCAUCCCUGGACAACUGAAUGUCACCAUAGAGUGUGUUCCGCCUGACCUCUCAAAUACCGUGACCUCCUCUUACAUUCCCCUCAAGCCCUUCGAAGAGGGCUGUGAGAGGGUGUCCGUGGAGAUGGAGGAGUUCCUCCCCGGUGAGGCCAAAUACAACUACCCCUUCACCACCUACAAGAACCACCUCUACAUCUACCCCUGCAGCUCAAAUACGACAAACCAGAAGACCUUCGCCAAGGCCAGAAACCUCGCGGUCUGCAUCCAGUUCCGAGAUUCAGAUGAAGAUGCAGCGCCGCUAAAGUGCAUCUAUGGCAAGCCGGGAGAUUCGCUCUUCACCACCAGCGCCUGUGCAGCUGUCCUGCACCACAACCAGAGCCCAGAGUUCUACGAUGAGAUAAAGAUUGAGCUGCCUGUCCAUGUGCACGAGAAACACCACAUCCUCUUCACCUUUUACCACAUCAGCUGCGAAUUCAGCAGCAAGGCCAGCACCAAGAAGAGAGAGGGGGUGGAGGCGCUGGUGGGCUACUCGUGGACUCCCUUGCUGAAGGACCGUAGGAUGCAUUCUGUGGAGCUCCAGCUGCCCGUGGCCGCCACGCUGCCCCCUGGGUAUCUGGGGGACAAGGGUCAGGAUACAAAAAAGUCUCAGCCAGAUAUCAAGUGGGUGGAAAAUGCCAAGCCGCUGUUUAAACUGAGGACCCACGUUGCAUCGACGAUAUAUGCUCAGGAUUUGCAUCUACACAAUUUCUUCCAGCACUGCCAGCUGAUGAGGUCGACGUCAGAGGGCCACCCUGCAGAACUCAUCAAGUAUCUGAAGUGCCUGCACGCCAUGGAGACUCAGGUGAUCAUCAACUUCCUGCCCACGGUGCUGAUGCAGCUGUUUGAGGUGCUCGCCGUGGCUACCAAGGAAGCCCACGACAUUGCCGUCAACUCCCUCCGUGUGAUCAUACACAUAGUCUCCAGAUGUCACGAGGAAGGACUCGAACAGUACCUGCGCUCCUUCACCAAGUACGUGUUCGUGACCACCAACCAGGCGUCGGCCAACUCCCCGACCACCCACGAGGUGCUGGCCACCGCAGUCACGGCCAUCCUCAAGCAGACUGCAGACUUCAACACGAGCAACAAACUGCUCAAGUACUCCUGGUUCUUCUUUGAAACCAUGGCCAAGUCUAUGGCCCAAUACCUCCAAGUGGGCAACCGCAUGAAGAUGCCACGUGCCCAGCGUUUCCCAGACAGCUUCAAUCAGGCGCUCCAGUCCCUGCUGCUGUCCAUCCUGCCUCAUACCACCAUUCGUCAUGCCGAGAUCCCCGAAGAGGCCCGCUGCAUCAACCUCAGCCUGGCCACCUUCAUUAAGAGGUGCCUGACCUUCAUGAACAGGGGAUUUGCCUUCAGCUUGGUCAAUGACUACAUGUGUGGUUUCACCCUAAAAGAUCCCAAGGUGCUGACGGAGAUGAAAUUUGAUUUCCUGAUGACGGUGUGUAACCACGAACAUUACAUCCCACUCAACCUGCCCAUGGCGUUCGGACGCACCAAGCUUCAGAGGGUGCAGGAGCACAGCUUGGAGUUCAGCCUGACCGAGGACUACUGUCGCAACCACUUCCUGGUGGGUCUUCUGCUGCGGGAGGUAGCCGAGGCCCUGCAGCAAAGGCCCGAGGUCCGGCAGCUGGCCGUGGCCGUGCUCAAGAACCUCCUCAUCAAGCACGCCAUGGAUGACCGCUACGCAACCUACAAAAACCAGCAGGCCCGGAUCUGUCUGCUCUAUCUGCCACUUUUUGAGCUGCUGUACCAGAUCCAGAAACAGCUUUCUGCCCAGCCGCACACCUCCAGCCCCGGGCUUGGCCUCACCGGCUCCAGAGAUGACUUGAUAUCUACCAGCUCUGCAGAAAGCAAGAGAACUAGCACCGCUAUCGACAAAGAUCAUGGCCUGCUGGCUCUGAACGGCCAUGUGGUGAGGAGAGAGGACUCCAGAGGCUCUCUGCUAAUGGACCCAGGAACCCCGGACAGCAUUGAGCUCCAAAGGCGUGGCUCCACCAUGAGCAGCAGCACUCUGCCCCCAGCCAGCAGACUGGGCCAGUAUGAGAUCAAGGGCCUCCUGCUCUGCUUCCUGCACAUUGUCAAGACCCUGUCAGAAGAUACUCUGCUGGCCUACUGGAAUAAAGUCAGCCCUCAAGACAUAUUGACCUUCCUCAAUCUGCUGGAGAUAUGUCUGCUCCAGAUCCGCUACAUUGGAAAGAGAAACAUAGGCAGGAGCCAUGAUAUGUGGGUGUCGAAGCUGUUCUCCUCAGACAGGAAGUCUCAGACCAUGCCAGCCAUGCGCUGCAACCGAGCCAGCCUCAUGCAGACCAAGAUCCAGCAGUUCAGCACUAUGGAGGCCUCUCUCACUCUCAAUAUAGGAAUGGGUCCAUCGGAGGCAGAGCUCCACCAUCAAGCACUGCUGGAGGGUAACAUCUCCACCGAGGCCUGCCUCACCGUCCUGGAUGUCCUGUCCCUCUUCACUCAGAGUUUUAAGAACCAGCUGCUGGACAGUGAUGGUCACAAUCCCCUGAUGAAGAAGGUGUUUGAUGUCUACCUGACCUUCCUUAAGGUCGGCCAAUCAGAGGCUUCCCUCAGACAUGUCUUCGCUGCCCUCAGGGCGUUUAUCAAUAAGUUUCCGGUGGUGCUGUUUAAAGGCCGAGUGACGCUAUGCGAGGCUCUGUGCUACGACGUGCUCAAGUGCUGCGUGUCCAAGCUGGGCUCGCUGAGGGCCGAGGCCUCUGCCCUGCUGUAUCUGCUGAUGAGGAACAACUAUGAGUACACCAAGAGAAAAACCUUCCUACGAACGCACCUGCAGAUCAUCAUUGCUGUGAGCCAACUGAUCUCUGACGUAGCGCUGACAGGCAGCUCACGCUUCCAGGAGUCCCUGUCCAUCAUUAACAACUUUGCCAACAGCGAUAAAGCCAUGAAGUCCACGGCGUUCCCCUCAGAGGUGAAGGGCCUGACCAAACGGAUCCGUACGGUACUGAUGGCCACGGCCCAGAUGAGGGAGCAUGAGAAGGACCCCGAGAUGCUCCUCGACCUGCAGUACAGUCUGGCCCGCUCCUACGCCAGCACCCCCGAGCUGCGACGCACCUGGCUGGACAGCAUGGCCCGAGCGCACCUCAAGAACGGGGACCUGUCCGAGGCGGCUAUGUGUUACGUCCAUGUGGCAGCACUGGUCGCAGAGUAUCUACACAGGAAAAAGCUGUUCCCCAGCGGGCUGGCAGCUUUUAAGAAGGUUACCUUGAACAUUGAAGAGGAGGCAGCCAUGAAGGAAGAUAGCGGCAUGCAGGAUGUCUACUACACUGAGGAAGUGUUGGUUGAGCACCUCGAGAUGUGUGUGGAGGCACUGUGGAAAGCCGAACGCUAUGAACUCAUCACACACGUCGCCAAGCUCAUAAUCCCUGUCUAUGAGAAGCGUCACGAGUUCGAGAAACUGAGCCGCCUGUACGACACCUUGCACAGGGCCUACAAUAAGAUCAUGGAGGUGAUGCAGUCAGGCCGCAGGCUCCUCGGGACUUACUUCAGAGUGGCUUUUUAUGGACAGGGCUUCUUCGAGGAGGAGGACGGGAAGGAAUACAUCUACAAGGAACCCAAACUCACCGGCCUGUCGGAGAUCUCCCAGCGCCUGCUGACCCUCUAUGGGGACAAGUUUGGAGUGGAAAACGUCAAAAUCAUUCAGGACUCCAACAAGGUUAACCCCAAAGAUCUGGAGAGCAAGUUUGCGUAUGUCCAGGUGACUUUUGUCAAACCCUACUUUGAUGAAAAGGAGGCGCCAGAAAAGAAGACUGACUUCGAGAAGUGCCACAACAUCAACCGCUUCGUGUUUGAGACGCCCUACACCCUGACAGGGAAAAAGCACGGCGGUGUCGAGGAGCAGUGCAAGAGGAGGACCGUGCUCACAACUGCCAACACCUUUCCCUACGUGAAGAAGCGUGUGGAGGUGGUGGGUGAGAAGGUGGUGGAGCUUAAGCCGGUGGAGGUGGCCAUAGACGAGAUGAGGGCGCGCACGGCCGAGCUGACCAAGCUGUGCUCCAGCCAGGAGGUGGACAUGAUCCAGCUGCAGCUGAAACUGCAGGGCUGUGUGUCUGUGCAGGUGAAUGCAGGUCCCAUGGCAUAUGCCCGGGCGUUCCUGGAUGAGUCCAGACCAAACCAGUCUGCCAGCAAGAAAGCAAAAGACCUCAAGGAGAUAUUCAGGCGUUUUGUCCAGGCAUGCAGCAUGGCUCUGGACAUAAACGAGCGGCUCAUCAAGGAGGACCAAUAUGAAUACCACGAGGGCCUGAAAACGAACUUCAAAGACAUGGUGAAGGAGCUGUCUGACAUCAUCCAUGAGCAGAUCUACCAGGAGGACAUAAUGCGCUCGCUGCUCCAGAAUUCCCUCCAUGUCUUCCGGGCCAUCAGCGGGAUGUCGACAGACCUGGGCUAAACCCCUGCCCCCCGUCCCCUCCCCCAUCCCGAACCACUUCAACCGAACAGAAACCUGACAGUGUAAAGCCAGCCAAGGACUUCACGCUUUCACUUUUGGAGU